AUGACGCAGUCCAGAGGUGUUUCGACUGACCAAGGGACGGAGGGCUCGGACCUGGCCCGGCCCUACAGUGCCCAGUCGGUACGAAACAAGGCCAGCAGUGCCGACAUGAAGACGUCGCACCAUGAUCCCGAAGCUUCGAUCCUUGAUCUUGCCGAGCAUCCUUCCAAGGUGCAGCCAGAAGAUCAGGGUCUGAAGCGCAAGCUGCAAGGGCGUCAUCUGCGUUUCCUGGCGCUGGGUAGCAGCAUUGGUACCGGUUUGUUUGUCGGUUCCGGAAAUAUCCUCGCUACCGGUGGUCCUGGAUCGAUGAUGAUCAACUUUAUUCUGCUUGCUGCGAUGGUGAUUACUGUCAUUUUUGCCGUGGGAGAGCUGGUUUCUCUAUUCCCUGUCGCGGGUGCCUACUCGGUGAUGAUCUCCCGCUUUAUUGACCCCUCCCUUGGCUUUGCUAUUGGACUGAACUACCUGAUGACCUGGCUGAUCAUUCUGCCAGUGGAAUUAACGACUGUGUGCAUUGUAGUGGGCUACUGGGACGAAGAUGGCGUGAUGCCAAAAGGCGCACUGAUCGCCAUCGUCCUGGUCGCCGUCUUUUGCAUCAACCUGUUUGGCGUGCGUGCGUACGGCGAAUUUGAGUUCUUUGCGACCUCGAUCAAGAUCAUAAGCCUGGUGGGCUUCAUCAUCGGUGGUGUCGUCAUCACCUGCGGCGGCUCGCCUUCAGGCCACUACCUCGGAGCUCACAACUGGCACCUCGAGGGCGGCGCAUUCAUCAACGGAUUCAAGGGCUUCUGCAGUGUCUUUGUGUUUGGCGCAUUCGCUUUUGGCGGCUCGGAGCUGAUCGGUCUCGCCGCUGCCGAGGCCGCCGAGCCCCGCAAGCAGCUUCCGCGCGCUUGCAAGAUGGUCGUGUGGCGCGUACUCAUCUUCUUCAUCCUCGCGCUGUUCAUCGUGACGCUGAUUGUGCCCUAUAAUGACUCGCGUCUGCUUGGCUCCGACUCGCCGCGUGCGUCGCCGUUUGUACUCGCGAUCAAAAUCGGAGGUAUCAAGUCACUGCCUAGCGUCUUUAACGGCGCGAUUCUCAUCUCGGUCAUAUCUGUCGCGAACUCUGCGGUGUACGCAGCGAGCCGCCUGCUGGUCGGCAUGGCUGAGAAGCAGCUUUUGCCGUCCAUAUUCAAGUACACCGACCGCCAGGGCAGGCCGCUCGUGGGCUUUGUGGUGGUCUUCUUGUUCGGCCUCCUCGCCUUCCUCGUGUACUCCACGUCAGAGAACGAAGUGUUCAACUGGCUGAUUGGUAUCUCGGGCCUGUCCACGAUCUUUGUGUGGUUCACUGUGUGUGCGGCGCACAUUCGCUUCCGCUACGCGUGGAAGGCACAGGGGUACACCACUCACCAGCUCCCGUGGUCGUCGCCACUGGGCGUGUACGGCUCGUGGUUCGGCUUCAUCAUCAACGGCUUGCUGCUGGCAGGCAACUUUUACUACGCCGCGUUCCCGAUCAGCGAAGGAAGCAUGUCGCCGAUGGAGCGUGCGCACGACUUUUUCGAGUCGAUGAUCUCGGCACCGAUCGUGAUCUUCUUCUUUAUCUCCCACAAAAUAUUUAAGCGGACAAGGACUGUGCGCUUUAACGAAAUUGAUCUCGACUCGGACCGCCGGGAUCCUGUUUCGGAAGAAGUCCUAGCGCGCGAGCGCGCCGAGCGCGCCGAGAUGCCUAUCUGGAAGCGCGUGCUGCAGUUCCUAUUCUAA